CUCAUUCUGGACAUCCGCUAUAACUCAAUUCAACUCUAUCCCCACGCGCCUUUUUCUCAUCCUCCUCAUCAAACCAUACGAGCUGAGUCCAGUCGCCAAAGGGGAUAAAUACAGGCGACAAUGGCUCCAGGACGGAAGCUUUAUCCACGGGCGACCGUCAAGAAGAUCAUCAAGGCCGAGUCCGAUUGCAAUGUUAGCAAGGAUGCCGACGUCACGAUAUUCGUGGACUAUAUCCGCUUCUUGCAGACUGUGGUGAAGGAGGCAGCAAUUGAAAGCAAAAAGGCUGGCGAAAAAGGCAUCACCCCAAGGAGCGUCAAGAAAGUCACGCCCGACUCGCUCUCAAAAUUCAAGCUUUGAGUGCCGAUUAAUUGUAUUUUCUAUAAUGGCGCCGAUGCGAUAUACACUAAUGGACUGGCUGGAAAGACGAGAGUUAUUUACAAUCGAGCUGCGGCUGGUUUUGUUUGAAAGUGCAGACCUCGUAUACGAUGUCAAGCACUGGAUUUCUGGGUCUCCUAAGGUCAACCCUCAGAUUCAACGAGUCGGGGGCGGGCUAGAGACGAUUGCAUUUUAAUGUUAACGACUGAGAUUCUAGAAACCACACUAGUGCUACCUAGUCUAGCAACCGUCAUGUCCAAGUUCGAAAGGGCCAGCCAGGUUUCAGCUUGUUGAUGCAUGCUCUUGUUAUGUUCGUCUUACGUACAUCUUCAGUCUAGUCUAGUUCUACGUUUAGACUAGUCUCCCUUAACUGAACACACGAGCAAAGUAAUUACAACGAAUGCUAAAGUGGGAAACGU